AUGGAUCGGCAAAUUGCCUGGUGGCCAGCGCAUGCGCCAUGCCUCGACGCGUGUGCGCGCGUCGUGAGCCAGGUCGUGGGACGAGAUGAGUCGUACGUACGCGAUCUGCUGCAACAAGCGCACGGUGUGCCGUGGACGAUCUGCAACCCGUACUUUGAAGCCCACGUCGAGCACGUGUACGUACGAGACCGAGGCGAGGCACAGCCACGACCGGCAAUCGUGCUGCUCGUGCCACAUACGGCAGAGAGGGCUGUGCAUGCGCGCAUCAUCGCCGAGGCGGUGGACGGCCUUGCAGCGUCCGUGUCGCUCGUCGUCGGCCUGCCUGUCGUAGGCGAGGCGCCUGACGUAGACGAGCUCGAUGCAUGGUACGGACAAGCGGGGUGGGAGUAUAUAGCGCCGACGCACGACGCGUCUCAGCGCAUUUCCGAGGCCCUCAUGGUGCAUCCAUGGCCCGGCAUGCAUCUCACGGGCAGAGGCUGGCCCCAGUGGGAGGACGCCCCGAGUGACGACUCGGACGCUUCGAUGGGCGCGUUUCAGUCGUGCCCACCCGUCGACGACGGCGCUGGAUGA